CGCGCGGCUUGCGCCCGCAUCCGUACCGCGUACCCAACGUAUCUAACGUAACCGAACGGACUAUACUGGACCCAAACGGACCACGACGUGAACAGUGAACCAGUGAUCUAGUACGUUGACCUUUCAGUGCCCGGGAAAUGUAAUUGGCAUAAAUAAAGUGACGUGCUGUGCAGUGUUUAUGGAUUAUUAUUUUCUACCCUCCUCUUUAUAUACUUGAGUCUGUGCCUGUCUUGUGUCGCCCUGGUAUUCGGCCCAGGACGCGAGUGACGCUUGUGACAGUUGACAAAGUGUAUAAUGUUUUGGAUUUGACAACAACAUUCACCGCUACCCACAAUAUCUCUGCAAUCUUACAAUCAGCGCGGCAGGGUGGCGGCAUCUAAGUAUGGUGGUGGUGGGGUCUCUGUCGGGUCUGGCGUCGCGGUAAGGCGCGGCAUGAAGUGCACCGGCGUGGCGGGCGGCGGGCCCCCCUCCAGUGAGCUACUACUGGGCGCCUGCUGGUUCGACCCAAAGCACGAGGCCUCUUCUCCCCCUUGCCACGAGCUUCUCGACUCUCUACUCGCUCCUCCACCCCUCGCGGAACUUAAACCACUCCCGCCGUUUACUGGCUACACUGGACACCUUUCUAUUAAUGGAAUCUCCGGUCAUCACUUCCAUGCUAUUGCUCAACGUCUUCCAGAAGAGAACAAUAAUUACCCUACUCAGAGUGGCUACGGUGAUAAUGAGGUAGUCUCGUCUUCCACAUGCGCUACGGACUCGGAACCACCCGACUUAGAGGAUGUUAAACCAUUUCCGUUAGAUGUAUCUGAUACAAAACCCUUUGCAGAAUCUUCUGGCCCGGGAGCAGCCGAUUCUUGUGCUCAAUCUUGCUCACCGCCAGCCAAACUUUUCGAUGACGCUCCUAAACAAGAAAUGUAUGACCUAAGUUCAAUAGAAGAUAUAGCGGCUAUCAUAGGAUCUGCUAUCGCAGACACUACUGUACCUUCUCAACCAGAGGAUCCUGAGAGAAACGACUCAAGAGAUAGCUGGAUGGACAUAGACAUGACAUGGAUAACCAGCGCCAGCAGUCAACAAGGGGAAAAAAUGCCAAUAACACAAGAUCUUUCAGACUUGGGUCUAUCCAUCUCUCCCCCACCCAACCAAACAAAUCACCAAUCUGGUUUAGAUUAUCCUAGUAAAAACCAUAAGUAUUCGAAAACCCAAGAGUUUUUUCAAAAUAAUUUCGGACAAGCAGGGUCAACGCUUCAGAAUUUACUUACUCAAGGCUAUAUGCCGUUGCUACAAAAUCGAUUACAAAAUGGCCCACCAGUUAAGCAAGAAGCGCCCAGCUCGACUAGCUAUGGAAUGGAGGUCAUAUCAACAUCUUCACCUCCUGGUAAUGCUGUUUCAACGACAGAUGGCGUGGGUGGCCUAUUGAAUGGAAGAUAUGGUGGCCAUUACGGACUGAGUUUAAAACCAGACGGCCUUUGCAGCCCUGACAGAUUACUGGGUUAUCCUCACGCACACACCACAACAAUAACGCCUUCUAGUAAAUCAAAACGAAGUCGAGCAAAAGCAAAACAAGGAAACAAUGGCUCAAGUUUACAUGGAAGUUCUAUGGCAUUUUCAUCGGCAACCUCUGCUGAGCUAAGCGGGCUUUUAGGAAAAGAGAAACCGGUGCAUAGGUGCGGGAUCUGCAAUAGGGGGUUCUUGAAUAAAUCAAAUAUUAAAGUGCAUCUUCGAACGCAUACUGGAGAGAAACCAUUCAGAUGCGACGUAUGCGCAAAGGCGUUUAGACAGAAGGCUCAUUUGAUAAAACACCAGCAAAUUCAUAAACGGAUCGGAAGAGACUGAGCCGAAUCUAGCUCAAAAGCAUUUCGUAGUUUGUAGUUGUGUGUUUGUGAACGUGUGGUGAAAAUCUAUUUAGACUAUUGGAUAUUAACCGUCAUUCUUCUAACACAGUUAGCGAUUUAAACCCUUUAGUUAUUAUCCUCCUAAGGAAAAGUGCAAUGUUAUCUAGUUUUAAGCUCUUCAGAUUUAUAAUGUAGAUAAUAUUGUUUUUAAUUUUGUUGUGUAGUUAAGUUUACGUUCAUUGCGUGUCGUGUAUGAAAUGUAUGUUAAUCGAUUCAUUCCGAUUGAGUAAUGUAUGAACGUAGAACGGUGUCUCCUUGACUCUUCACAUAAUUUAUAUUUUUCGAGUGUGAAUGCUUACUCCGAUUACCUACUUAUAGUCAAAUAAUAAAAGAUAUUAAUUAGCUUUAUUGUAUAUUUUAGGUACAUUGUAUAAUUUUAUAAACAAAGACAAAGCUCACGAGGCUAAACGUUAAAAUCACUCACCGUUGAGUUAUAGUUGGUAGUAAUCUCAUUAUUAAUUAUUGUUAAUAUAUAUAUAAUUAAGAUGUACUUCUCAGAUUUUCAAAUCAACAUUAAUUUAAGAACAAAAUCAUUGUCUUGACUUCAUUCAUGCAUCGCCUUCAGGUGAACAUUCCUAAUUAAUUAAAUAAUAACAAUUGAUGGCCCCGAGAUCCUUGCAGUGCGCAGGCGCAUGAGCGGAACUAUCGUGUCCGGGAAAUGAUCGAAAAACUAACUUAAUGUAAUAACAGCGAUCCGUUAUUGCGCAACUCAUAACUAGGACACGGAUUAGUAGCAAACUAUUUGUAUCAAUUCAAUUUAAUUAUUUCAGUAAACUAUUUUUAUAAUAUCACUCGUAAGACUAUUUUGCUAGAAUACCAGGUGAUUAGGAUCUUGAGGGACUGACAUAUAAUUAAGUUACUUUAACAGAUUUGCUUUCCCAUUCAUGAACAUUGGUUCGUCGUAGAAUCGUUAAAUAUCGUAGCAGUAUUUUACACACUGAACUUUCAUCAACUAUUUCUUCAAAUAUUUUUAUACUUAUUAGGGCAGGGUGUUUUAGUUAUAAUUAAAAUUAGCAUUUGAUUUUUUAAUUACUAAAAAUUCAGUUACAUCUGUAUAUACGUAUACCGUCCAAAAUGUACUUACUAAGUAAGAUCUUAUAUUGGAAUAAAGCACAAAAUUUAAUCCAUGACAGUGUGACCUACUAAUGAUAAUUAGUAAUUUACUAAAAUGUCAUCGAAAAUCAACCUUUCAUCAGCUAGUAUAACAUUUGUAUUACUAUGAGUGCGGUUUUAAGAGACAAUAUAAAGGUCCAUUUAGCCUUUUUAAAUAUUUUAAUCUGUGGUUUCGAUACCAAUUUCUUAAUCUGGCAACACUGAUUUGACUGUGCUGACACCCUUAGUACAAACUCUUGGAAAUUAAGGUACAUAUAUAUAUAUUUGAAAAUGUAUUUUGUCGAAUAAUAUUUAAAGAAUUUGUAUUUCCGUUUAUUUCUAAAUAUAUUCACACAACAUUUAUCAUUAUUAUUAAAUACGUUAGCAUUAUGAUAUAUUGUUUUACUAAGGGUACAUACAUUAGGUCAUUUAUUCAAUUGUUUCAUAUGCCUAUUUUAAACAUCUGCGCACCCAUAGAUACUCCUAUACAUAAACCUUUAAUAAAAAAGGUAUUUAAAACCGCUCUACUCAUUGUGGGCAAAAUGCACUGUGAAACGCUUAAUUAAUUCAGGUAAUUAGGAAUUAAUUUAACAUAAUAUAUUAGGUCAAAAUUUCAGUGUUUCACACGUUGCGUUUCCUACAAUGUCUGUAGACUAAAAUUGUACCUUUUUAGUGUUAAGUUUAGUUUUUUAAGUAUUUAUUGUUAAUGUAUAUCUUUGUAUCCCUAAUGAAUUACUUUGCCGUCAGCAUUGUAAGCCGACAAUAUUAAAUAUUUAAUGUAAUAUACACAGUAUAUAAGUAGAUUUUUCCAUUUCAGUUUAGAAUAAGUACAGUGUAAAUUAAUGUAAAAUAAAUUGAGAUUUUUGUUA